GAACUCGUGGAUUAACUUCAAACCCAUGUAAAAACCUUCUUGUUUAGUAUUAUUAUUGCUACUACUACUCUUAUUUAUAUUAUGAAAUAUAUUUAUUAAAUUAAAGCUCAUUUAUUAGUUAACAAAAGUCGACGUUAAAGUAUACUCUUCAAAAAAGUAUUUUGCCACAUUCUUAUCUAUUUUAGCAUUGAAAAUAAUUUUUAGUCUAAUUCUUUUGUUGUAAUUAUUUAUAACCUCUUGUAAAUUUUUAAAAAAUUCUAAAUAGUUUAGGUAUCAAACAAAACAGAUAGAGUCUACAACUUAAUUUUUAUUUUUACACUACAAAAUUAUCAAAAAGAAAAGGAAAUAUAUCAAUAAUUUUCUAUGCAAAUUUUGUUUGCUUAUCAAAGAGAAAUAUUGAAGGUAUGGUUUUAAUAUAUAAACGCUUAAAUAAAAAAAAUAAAAAAAUCAAAGACAAAAUAUAUAUAUUUUCUUUUUUACAAAAUUUUUAUUUCCUUAUCUUUCAUUACCUUUUUCUUUGCUCAUUCCAACUUCCUAAAUUCCAUUUCCUGUCGCCGGUGGUAUCUCUCUUCUCCGCCUCCGGUGGUCUCUCUCCUCAGCUGGUCUCCUCUCAAGUAGCAUUGGUGUUUUUAGGGGGAAGAGGAGUUCUUUUUCAGAGAAAUGAGUUGGAGUGUAGUAGCCACUGCAUCAGCAGUUGCUCCUUCGAAAAAUGAGCUACCCCAAUCAUUGUGCUCUUCUUCUUCUACGAGUAGUGGGGUUGUAUUAUGCUUCUCUUCUAUUUUUCCAAACAGUUUUAGGUUCAGAAGGUCCUCAUUUUACCCAUCUUCUCAAUUGACUGAGAAAAGAAAGGCAAAUACAGUACCAAACUCAACCUCCAGGUCCACUCAACUGAUUUGUAGAGCAGCAGCCGAGUACAAAUUUCCCGAUCCUAUUCCUGAAUUCGCUGAGGCAGAGACAGAAAAGUUUAGGACUCAUCUCAUCAAGAGGCUCUCCAAGAAAGAUAUAUAUGAAGAUUCAGUCGAAGAAGUUGUAAAUGUCUGCACCGAGAUAUUCAGUACUUUCUUGCACACGGAGUAUGGCGGUCCUGGGACACUCCUGGUCCUUCCUUUCAUCGAUAUGGCAGAAACUGUCCAUGGUAGGGGAUUGCCUGGAGCAUCCCAAGCAGCUCGAGUGGCGGUCAAAUGGGCAACAAAUCAUGUUGACAAGGAUUGGAAUGAAUGGACAGGUAGUGAUUGACCCAACAUUUUGUUUGUAGAAAAAAACAUUAGUUUACUUUCGUUGCUGUAGUUUCUUAGUGUAGAUUUAGGAGCUGUUCCAGAAGUUUUGAUGCCUAUAAUUUUGUAAAACAGAGGAUUGAAUGAUUUGAUAUAGAUGCCAUGUAGAAUAUGAAAUUGUGAGCUGGUUUUGCAA